AUGUCGAAUUAUGCAACAUAUCAUCUAACAUUUGGACAAAUAGAAGAAUCUUUGGGAAAAUUAUGUACAAUUAAAUUGAAAAAUAAUGAAAAAGGGUUAAAAGGAUAUUUAUACAAUAUAGAUCCUGUGACUUCAACAAUAAUUUUAUUACAGGUUGAGAAUAAUUCUAUUGAAAAUGAAUUACCAUCCAAGUAUAAAAUUUUGGUUAUUAUGCACCAUGUUGUAUCAGAAUUUAAAGUAAAUAAUGAGGAGAACGGAAUACCAAGACAUUUAUUAGAUAAAAUGAUUAAUCAAAGGAUUGAAGAUUUUAAACAUGAUUCAGAAAAAAUGCAACAAAGGAAAGAAAAUUUGAUUUCGUUAUUCGAAUCGAAUCGAAUUCAAACAAAUCAUACGAAAGAUGACCCAGUUGUACAUAUUUUAGAUAGAGCACAUGUAUCCCCACCUUAUGUUAUUUCUUCUAUUGAAUGUGAUAAUGACAUUAUUUUACAAAGAGUAAAAGACAUGAUAACUCAAUUAUCAUUUAAUUAA